AACAAUGGAUGGAUGUUUAGAUAUCACGCCUAUAAAGAUCCCUCGCCCUUCUUACCUUUCCUUCGUGGAUUUAGCUAUCAUUGAAGCAAAAGAAAAGGAGGAAACACUGUUGGCCAGUGCAAAAAAGAAAUAUGGAGACAUUUCUAUGAAUAUUGUCAUUAUUUACAAGACAAAGCCUACACUUGGUGUUGCUAUAGAAGGAGGACUUAACACUAGGCAACCAAUUCCAAAAGUCAUAAGUAUUCAGCACGGAGGAUCAGCGUUUGAGUCGGGAGGUCUGAAAUGUGGACACACGAUUUUAGAGGUGAAUGAUCAGACCCUCUGUGGUGUGGACCACCGUGAGGCAGUAAGGAUUAUUGCUGACGCCUUCCAAGACCCCUCCACAAACUGUUUGAAUCUUCUUGUAACCAUGGACUCUAAGAAAACAUAA